CGCAUGAACAAGUGGCGAAGGAUUCUUCGGAGCCACGGAUAAGAUAAGUGUCGUAGUGUUACAAACGUCUACUUCCCGGGGCUGGCAGAAAGACUUUCCAUUCUCUCAUCAACCGCUUUGUCUCUUAACCCGUAAAGACAGGACGAGAUGGAUGCGUUGGGAAGCUGGUAUCCACUGCUUGUGGCCAGCGUCGUUCUUGCGUUCCUCGUCUGGAGGGCCGUCUACAACCUCUUCUUCCAUCCUCUAGCGAAGAUCCCUGGGCCAUGGCUACCCGCUCUGACAACGUGGUAUGAGGCCUACUUCGAUUGCUUUCGCAAGGGGGGUGGGCAACUCCCGUUCCAAUUGCAGAAGCUUCACGAUGUAUACGGCCCUAUUAUCCGACCGGCUCCGAACCAUGUGCACAUCAGCGACCCCAGCUACUUGGACACGAUAUAUGCGCAAAGAAGCCGUAACGCCAUCGUCAAUGAGGGCAUGGUGGUGGACCGCAGUAUGGGCGGCGCCGAGGACUUUGAACUCCACCGCAUCAGAAAGGACGCGAUGAGUCCCUUCUUCAGCCAAAAGGCCGUCAUCGGUCUCGAGUCGCUCAUGGCCGAGAAGAACGGCAAGGUUGCCCGCAUUCUACACAUCGCCGCCGAGAGUGGACACACAGUGAAUCUAUCGGACAUCUUCUUUGCAUAUUCGAACGACGUUGUGCGCUCGUAUUCGUUCGGGUCGGAUGGGAAUCUGCUCGACGAUUUGCAGGAGGCGAAGCGGCAACGCACCAAUCUUGCACAGCUAUUGCUCGGUGUCAACGUCCGGCGUCACUUUACUGCUUUCUUUCGCAUACUGAGCAAAGUCAUGCUGGCGCUAUUUGGCGAUAAAGCUAUACCUCUUGCAAUGAGGGAUAUCAUACGCUUCAAACAAGAUACGCGUCAGCGCAUCACCGCUGUUCUCGCAGACAACGACACCAGCCAGAAAGGUCGAUAUUCGGUAUUCCACGAGCUCAAGGACAGCUCCAUCCUACCGCCGGAAGAGAAGACGAUCGGUCGUCUCGAGGAUGAAGCGAUGCUGCUCGUCAUGGCUGGCACAGAGUCCCCGGCCAAAUCACUGGGCAUUGCCGCUUUCUAUCUACUUCACCAGCCCGAAGUGAUGAACAAGCUUCGGAGCGAGAUUGCAGACGCGAGACGAAGACAAGGGCGAACUUUGUCGCUCGUAGACCUGUUGGCUCUGCCGUAUUUGAGUGCGGUGCUCACGGAAGCGAACCGCCUGUCAUUUGGAGUAACGAAUCGAAUGAGUCGCUACUCCCCCAACGAAACCCUCAGGUACACCGCAUCGUCCGGUCCACACCAGGGCACAACCUACGCCCUGCCGCCAAAAACCCCCCUUUCAACAGUCACAUACUGCACCCACACGGACGAAACUCUCUACCCGCAACCCCACCGCUUCGAUCCCUCCCGCUGGAUCGUGGACCCGGACAACCCCGGCAACGACGAGGCGGCCGUCAAUCGCCGGAAGCGCUGUAUGGUUGCGUUGGGCAAGGGCCACCGACGCUGUCUGGGCAUCAGCCUCGCCAAUGCGUCGAUGAGUUUGCUGAUUGCUGAGCUGGCUGGAUAUGAUAUGGUGCUUGUCGAUACGGAUGAGAGGGACGUCAAGUUUCAGUAUGACUUUCAGAUCAGCCAUCCUCGCUUGGACUCGAAAGGCGUUCAGGUCAAGGUCGAAGCGGUACAUAGCUUCUAACAUAAUAAUCCCCGGGGGAAAUGCAAGAUAAUUUGAAUGACCACAAGAGAAAUCGCAAGCAGGAGCA